UUUUACCAAGAUUCGAUAGAGAUCGUCCCUCACUAGUGUCUUGUUCAAGGGUCUUUCGUGGAGAAUCCAAGGCACGAGUACUGUAACACCAAACUUGAUGCAUUCUGUUGUCCUUUUUGGCUUUUACAAUCUUCUCUUCUCCUAUCAAUUUCUGUGUAUCUUGUUGAGGAUAUCCCAAAUUGACUGUACCUGCAGCCAGAUACCGAAUAACACCUCACAGCUUAUCAUCCUUGCUGAGCUCCCCGGAUCAAGCAAGCUAAGCUUAUGGGUCCGGUUACGGCGACCUUUCAAGAACAGCUUGAACCCUGGCCAGCAAGAAACAAACAAGGACACAGCAAAGCAACGGUUGUCAGCAGCAAGGAAAAUAAUUCUACUGGUGCUCACAGACGUCUAGAAGAGGUGUCAAGUCCUUUUUGACCCAUUGAAAAAAAAGUGAAACAGCCAAUGCGGUGUAGUAUUCCUCCAGGCUAAUGAUGAAAUGCCCCGACAUCGCCGUCCAUUUUGGUGACAUCGGCGGAAUCAGCGGAGAUACUGGCCGCCUAUGCCGCCG